AUGAAUAGACAAGAUUAUUAAAGAGGUAAUAUGAACGAUCCUGAUGAUUAUGAAGAUCAAGGGCAAUAUUCUAACAAGCUAUACUCAAGAGGAUAUGGAUAAAGAGGAAACGAAGAUGAGCAUGAUGAUGAUCAUGAGGAUUAUGGGUAAAAUAGAGAUAGUGAAAAUAAUUAUUAUGGAGAGUAAGAUGGAUAAGAUCCUCUUUUGAGAUUGCAGAAAUAUAUUGGAAGAGAAUAAAUAUCACUAGAAACAUUUUGGGACAGUACUUAAACUUAAGUACUUCCAGACUAAUUUUUUGAUUUUUGCAAGAAGAAAGCAAUUAAAUUUGAUGAGAGAGAGAAGCAAGUUCUAAUGAAAUAUUUAUGUGACGAUAACAAUUACAUUACUUUUCAAUAACUGUGUUAAUAAAUACCAUUUUGGAAAAAUGAUGAGGGAGUUAUGACUGAAUUUUUGAAGUAAAAGACUCAAGAAAAAGCAGAUAAUUCUAAAAACAACGCUAAGAAAUAGUUUAGGAAAUAGCAAUUUAAUAUAAGACCAGCAAGCAGUAUUAAUCCAUAGCAAAAACGUCCAAUUAGCUCAAUUUCGUAGCAUAAUCUAAAGGUUGCUAAGGAAUAAGAAUAAAUAGAAAUCCCAAAGGCUCUUGCUCCUAAUAAAUCUAAAUACUACUUAUAAAAGCAUAAAGAAAGAGAAAAAGAAAUAGAUAGAUUACUAAAAUUAACAAUCAGUAAAGGAAGAAAUGAGUAUGAAUAUGAGAUGCUCAUUAAGAUGGGUGAAGCAAAUGAACUCAGUUAAUAACUCAACAGCAAAGUUACUUAUAGAGCUUAUCGUAGUGCUCAAGGAGAUCUUAAAGUGCACAUCUAUGAAUUAGAUAAGUAUAAAACCUCGAUGACAUUAGAAGAAUUUCAAAGAGAAUAUAAUGCUCUCAAAAACAAAUAUAAUGAAACUAGAAAUUUAAGAAUAUGGGAAGUCUUAAGUGAAAAUAAAAAGUCUAAACCAAAAGAAUUUAAUAAAUAAUCCAAAGAAGAGUUUCAGCAGACAUCUGACACAAAUAAUAGAGGAAAAAUAAAUAUUUAAGCUAGACAUAAUGAAUUAAAAGGGGUUCUUCUUAAAACAAUGGAAUUAACAAUUGUUUUAAAAGAGUAGUUAGCAGUUAUAAAUAGUGUAAUUAAUAAUAAAAAGAAAAAGAGACCAUAGUCUACAACUCAAAAAUAAAGCAAUAGUAUCAAAAAUACAGAAAACAUGUGA